GUUUUUCGAUUUCUAUUUGGUGGAAAAAAGUCGGCUGUUGCGCAUAGAUUUUUUUUUACGAAAACCGGUCCCUUAAUUCCCUGUACCCUGUGCCAAAUAUAGGGUAAGAAAUCAGGAAUUUCCUCCUGCCACUCCUGCAAAUGCAAGCGAAAAUAGAGAGAGGAAAAACGAGACCUACAGCCAAGAUCUGCGCUUAAGCUUCCAUUUCCGCCCAGAAAAACGGACUUGUGCUGCUUCACAACUUCAUGAUGCCUUAUGUGACCUCCGCUAACUACCCAGGAUUAAAGGGGUAGGAGAUUAUUAUUGGUUAAAAUGACGAAACAAUAAGCGAAAAGCGAUGCUCCGCUUUCUUAAUUAUUUAGCGGCUUUGCAAGUGUGUGGAGCACAUGCAGAAAUGCCUUUGUUUCGGUGAAGUGGGAGAAAAGUCGUUCCCAUGAAGAGGAAGCUUGUCAGCGUGGACAAGUUUGGGUUUUGUAACUUUGUUUUUCCCACCUUCUUCAGCUGGAUCGGCGCUGCUGUACUUUAUCGCGCUUAAGGACGGGGACGUGGGUUGCAUCGGCUUGUUUUAAUGCAGAAUUUGGAUUAUCCCGCAUCUGGAUAAAAGUAUAUGUGAACUACUUUGCAGUCGUCAAACGUAUGUAUGCCCACUAUAGACUCCUGGGGGGAGAGAAAAAGAAGUGCUGCAAAGCGAGCAAGAGGAAGAUACGCAGAAACUUUCCGCUUCUGAAGGGGAGGAAUGCCCGACAAAAGGAGCGCCUGGAAGGAUGCUGUUUCUUGUAACAUGGAGUCGAAAAACACUUUUGUAUUUGCUGUGCUGCUCUGUUUGACCUUCUGCCCGGUUUUCACGCAAGAACUUAACCCAAAAGGCAGGAAUGUGUGCAAAAUCCCGGGGUCUCCGGGAUUCCACUGCUGUCCUGGGUGGAGCCAACUGGGAGACGAAUGCUUGACACCGCUCUGCGAAGGCAACUUCACCUGUAAGGAGAACGAGGUGUGUGUGAGGCCCAACGAGUGCCGCUGUCGCCAUGGAUACUUUGGAGCCAGCUGCGAUACGAAGUGCCCCAGUCAGUUCUGGGGGCCAGACUGCAAGGGGAAGUGCAUGUGCCACCCCAACGGGCAAUGCGACGAUGUGACGGGCGAGUGCACGUGCAACCCCAAUCGCUGGGGACCCAACUGCGAGAACGCCUGCUCCUGUCAGAAGGGCAAAUGCGACCAGGCCACGGGCAAGUGCAGCUGCAACCCAGGCGUCUGGGGGCCGCAGUGCUCGCAGGUCUGUUACUGCAGCGUCAACUCCGUGUGCGAGCAGACGGCCGGCCGCUGCAUCUGCAACCCAGGCUACUACGGGCGCAACUGCGGGGCGCAGUGCGUCUGCAGCGGCUCGCCGUGCGAGCAGUUCACCGGCCGCUGCCAGUGCCGCGAGCGCCUCUGGGGGCCUCGCUGUGAGCGCUACUGCCAGUGUGUGAACGGCAGGUGCAACCCCACCGAUGGCUCGUGCACCUGCUCCCCAGGCUACCGCGGCAAGUUCUGCAGGGAGCCCUGCCCCGCCGGGUUCUACGGCCAGAACUGCAGGCACAGAUGUGGCCACUGCAAGGGCCAGCAGCCGUGCAAGGUGACGGAGGGCCGCUGCGUGACGUGCGAGCGCGGCUGGAAUGGCACCAAGUGCGACCAGAUGUGCACGCCGGGUUUCUUCGGCGAGAACUGCAAGGACGUCUGCCCACCAUGCAAGGACGGCCACUUCUGCAGCCGCAUCGAUGGCAAAUGCUCCCACUGUAACCCCGGCUGGACCGGGGAUCGGUGUGAGACCAGGUGUCCCAAUGGGACGUAUGGCGAGAACUGCGAGAACAACUGUAGCCACUGCUUCAACGGGGACUGCCACUUCGAAACGGGGGAGUGUUUGUGUGACCCCGGCUUUCACGGCACCUUCUGCAAUCUGACCUGCGAGUCUGGCCAGUAUGGUGUGAACUGCGCACAGACGUGCCCCUGCCACGACCGGAGGUGCAACCCUGUCUCCGGGGCCUGCAACUUGUUGCCUAACCAGAGGAUGGGCGUGAUUGCAGCCGGAUCCCUAGUCACCUUCCUCCUCCUCGUCCUCCUCUCUCUCCUGUGCUGCUGCUUCCUCUGCAAAAAGAGAGACGAAAACAACAGCCAAAAAGCCAAACGGCUCCUCUGUGGAAGGUUCAGCCGAAUCAGCACCAAGCUGCCCCGGAUUCCGCUGAGACGACAGAAGUUGCCCAAAGUUGUUGUGGCCCACCAUGACCCAGAGAACGCCUUCAACUGCCGUUUCAUUGAGCCUCCUUCAGCAGCAGAGCAACAUUCUCCAUCCUGGUCCUCCCAAGAAUCCUUCUCCUCCUUUGAGAACAGUGAUGAUGGCCCUGUUUACUGCAUUCCCCAUGAAGACUCUGUUGCAGAGAACAAAGAUAAGGGGUACACCAAUGGAAGCACAGAAAAAACUGGCCCAAAUGAUGAAGAUGCAGGGGAGUACACAUCACUGAAAGACACGGGUUCCAGCAAACAGUCCACAGCGGAAAACGUCGAGACUCCGCUGCUGAAGUCGGCCGACAGCGAUGGCUCGAUGAGCGGCUCCGAGUCCGCUGCCGGCGCAGUGUACGCUCAGGUUUCCAAACAGUCGAAGGACGAGGAUGAUAGCCGGGGAGAGGACAUCAAGGGCAAUGGCAAGCCUCCUUCCCCAGAGAGAGCAAAGCCAAGGCCACCAGAUCCUUCCACCAAGCCCAAGGUCUCCUGGAUACAUGGAACAGUUGGGGCUAACCAGGCUGAGAAGGGCCAGGUGACAGCAAAGGAGAAAAAGAGGAGCACAAGUGAUGUCUCUGUGAAGAGUGAGGAAAAGCAUAGGAUGAAGGAGAAGAGCAGCAAGCACCGGGAACAAAGGCAUACAGAGGCCAAGAAUAACGAGGGGAGCCAAUCUCUCAGCAAACAGAAAACUCAGAAGAGCAGGCCAGGCCAGGAGCAGAUAGAGCACAUCAAUGGAGCGGUGCAGAAUGCCCUGAAGAAGAUUGGAAACUUCCAUCUAGACAGGAAGGGGGGAGACUCCCAACCUCCCAAAAGCCCAAGCAAGGUACGCUCCGAGGUCAUUCAUCCCCACGUGAACUCAGAGGCGGCCAGCUUACUGGCAGCCCAGCUGAAGGAGAAGACGCAGAGCAUCAACAGGAAUGAGGGCACUCUCAAGCCCAAUGGUUUCUCCACACCCCAGGCCCAGCGUGAGAAGCCCACCCCACCUCAAAAGGCAAAACGCUCUUCAGCGGGCAUGAGCCAGAAUCCUAGCAAACCACUGCUGCCGACUUCAAGCAACCUGCAGAAGAUGGUGGCCCCGAUCUCUGAAACGCUCUCACAUGAACCCAAAAGCCCCGAGAAACUAGACUCAAACAGCUCGGGGGUAGGUGACGGGGGAGAGUCCACACCAAAGAAGACGCCCAUCAAAAAGCCCCCCAGAAAGAAAGGCAAGGAAGGAACUUUGGAUUCAGAAACUAAGAUCCAUCCCAAGAUCGCAAUAAUGCCCCCUCAGAUGGUGAAAUAGACUGUAAGUUCCUUCCAAACAAUCAGCGACAUGGGAUGUUUUCAUUUGGAGACGCCUAGGACCACAGUCAAUGCAAACAGGAAACAAAUGAUUGAGUAAUUUUCCAUCAUCAAGGAUAUGAUAUGAUUUUUGAAUUUUUAAUUCUCUGAACGAAAAUCGAGAACAAAUAUUAGUAAUUAGACAUGGAUGACAGCUAUUCUGCAGCUGAGUCAACACAGUGCGGAAAAUGACAUUCGCUAUAACUAAAAGCAACGAUUUAACAGCCUUUCAACUUUUUAUACUUGCAAUUUAGAAUUUUUUUAUCGUUAACAAAGGAUAAUGAUGAGUACUGAGUUCUGACAGUGGCAAGCUAUCUUAGCUUUUUUCUAGUUGAAUGUUAUGACUACCACUAUGUAUCUUCCAUUGUAUCCAAUAUAUUCCAGACACUUGUUUCAUCAUUAUUUAUGUGUGUGUGUGUAUGUACAUAUAUAUGUAUAUAUAUAUAUAUAUAUAUAUAUAUAUAUAUAUGUAUAUAUAUAUAUGUGUUAUUUCAUACAGCUAUAAUCUAUGAAAACGAAGACAAGUUUCAAGCAUGAAAGGUACUGAGAUGUUGAAGGCUUUCUGUGGACUGUUCAUAUGCUAAUGAUCAAAGAAUCUUGGUUGCCAGAUAUUAGUGAACUGACUGCAUUAUUUAUGAGAAGAUGUGGUUGCCAGUUGCUUCCACACAGAACUGGUAUUUAUGCUGUAUAUAUAUUGCUUCUUUGAAUGCUGAAACAGCAGUGGGGAUGCAUUUGGACAAUGGUGCAAAGGCAUUAGGUGAAGGACUUUCACUAUGGUCAGUGUUACAAGAUAAAUCUCGUGUGACAGUUAAAUCCUGAGCACUGGUUUACGCCCUGUGUGCAGUCGCUCUCUGCGAUGCUUUGUGUUAAGAUUAUUUUUGAUCUAUUUCAGUUGUCACUAUUCGGAGAUGAGGUAGCGUAUUUCAUAACCCAUUUUCCAUCAAGCAAAGCAGUAAUGAAAAAACAGUGUUAGAAAAGUGUGUAAAACAGGUCUUCAGAGCUCAGAGACCUUGUCUGUCUUUGAAGUACAUGCCAUACUCAUUUCCCUUAGCAACCGCUAGCCAGUUGACCACACCCUGUCCGAUGAAAGAUUGGUGCGAGUUUCCAGUAUCUUUGUGCAAGUUUCCAGUAUCUUCAACCAUGUGCGAGAGCUAACAGCCCGACGUUCUUCCGAGAAUUCCUGGGUUUGCCUACCCACUUUGCCACGACAGGAGGAUGCUAGUGGGGGAGCAUCCCAGACACCACAUGCGUGCUCCUCAUCUGCUGAUAAUGGCCACAAGACAGACAACCAUCUUCAGGGACGAAUAACUGGAAAUUAUUUUGUCGUCAUCGCUGUCCCGUCCAGUAAUAGCUUUCUCUUUUUAAUCGGUUGUAAUUUUUUUUUUCACCAUGCAGAGCACCUCCUUCACAGCUGGUGUAAAGAAAUUAGUCAUUGGUUAGUUUCUCCAGCUAUAAAAUUCGUCUUAAUUCAAAACAAGAGAAUUCAGAGGGUUGUGUCAUAGUGCUAUGUAAUCAGACUGCUAGUAUUUUAAGGUACUAAGGUAUUUUAAGGUAACACUCAAAACAGGUAUAUGUUUGGAAUAUUACCAGUCACUUCUUCUGUAUCCACCAUGCUGUGUAAAAGCUUGAAUACAUUAAAUGCCAAAAUCAACAAGCCUUGACCAUUCCGUCAGUGUUUGUUGAACACCCUACUGAAAAACUGUAAGGGGAUGUAUUGUUAAGUUGAAAAACAGCUGCUCACAGACACCGAUCCAGCGAGUCUGUGAGGGAGACAUUUACACGCAUUCAAAACCUUUACGUACAAAAUAACACAUUUCUGUUCUGGCAGAAAUGUUUAGGCCUAUAGCGAGUAAUCAGAAACGGUUUAUUCACUAAUAAACCCGAAACUGAAUAAAACUAUUCUGGACCUGUUUUGUUUGCCUAGAAAAUCAAUUUUUUAAAAUUAGUUUUUUAAAAUAGUUUUUUCUCCUGUCUUGGAGAAUAAUAAGCGCUUGUUAUUCAAAGAAAAAAAAUGUGUGGGUGUGUAUAUAUAUAUAUAUAUAUAUAUAUAUAUAUAUAUAUAUAUAGACACACACACACAGGCUCUUUCGGUAAACUGGAUAUAGCCAAAGUGUUGAACACAGUGUAUUUUAAUACUAGUUUGUGGUUGUUUUUUUCAAAAAUUUUCACAAUACCUGUUGAAGUGUUAACAUAGAGGCAUUUAGUGUAUGUCGUUAGGCUUUCAUUGGAACUAAAAGUCCCCGUAAAUGCUAAUGAAAUGUUUUUGUGUUGUUUGUUUCUAAGGUACAAGUACUUCCUACAUUACAACCAUUAUUAUUAUUUUUGUACUUGUAAAAAAAUCGGAACAGUAUUAUUGUUAAUACGUGUAAGCUGUGCUUAUAUGAUUUGAUUUGCUACUUCGUGUUACUUUUUGUCUAUGAACUGGCUUUCAUAUUUUAUUUUAUUUCCUUUAAAAGUAACUUUGGCUUUAAGAAUGAGAACAUACUUCGUUUACUACAGAUAUGUUUUGCUGGGAAGUUCCUGCUCUUGUGCUGAAGAUGUUACUACUUUCAGUUUGAGGUUAAAUGAUUAUUUUUUUCUAAAAUAACAGCUGUUACGGCAUAAGGUAUGUUACUUUUUUAAUUGCUUCUGUUACCAUUUUUGUUGUAAGGACAGUCACAUUCUUUCUGCGCAUAUCACAGUAUAACCACAGCCACUAAAAUAUGUUUCACUGAUAUCUGAAAAAGUCAUACGGAAAUAGAAUGGAAGGCUGGGAAGUGACUACAUAUUUAGCUAGCUUCAGUAAAUUUCUGGACCUCGGGUCUGAAAGCACCUGUGCAACGUAGCCGCAAGACUGUCAUUAUCUUCAUUGUUUCUGUUGGUUUGUCCACUGUUUUUUUUUUGUCGUUCUACCUUGUAAUUGAUUCAGUGUUUUUUUUUUUAAUUGAUAAAAUAAAAACAAAUGUGUAUGCAUUGUCA